UCUCUAUUAUAGAAUUUAAUUAUCUAGCACUUUGUAUAUAAUAAAACCUUAUGCAAGAUUUUAGUUUAACAGUUCAAUUAGAACAUCCUUCUUCAUCAAAACUUCAUUAGCAACUCUACUACACUACCUUCAAAUCAAUAUGAAGAAAAUAGUGUUAAAGGUAGAACUCUACGAUGAUAGAAUCAAGAAAAAAGCCAUGAAGGCAGUAUCUGGAAUUUCAGGGGUUGAGUCUGUUUCAGUGGAAAUGAAGGAUCAAAAAAUGACAUUAAUUGGAGACAUAGAUACUGUUGAUGUUGUGGGAAAGUUAAGGAAAUUAUGUCAUGCUGAAAUAAUUUCAGUUGGACCAGCCAAAGAAGAGAAAAAAGAAGAACCAAAGAAAGAAGAGCCAAAGAAAAAGGAUCCAAAAGAAGAAAUGGCUGAUCUUGUUAAGGCAUAUGAAUCAUAUUAUAAUCAAUUGAGAUCACAACCAAAUCCUUAUUACUAUUAUAGAACUGUGGAAGAGUCUCCUAGUGGAUGUGUUAUUUGUUAAGAAAUUAAAAUAUUAAUUAUGGAAUUUGAGAGAGUAAAUAAUUGAGAACAAGAGAAAAAAAAAGAUUGAGGUUCGAUUUUAUUGGAUCUUUUCUUGUUUUUAGAUUUUGGCAUUUUCUCUUAUCUAAUAAGCUAAGAAGAAAGGGAUGUUCAAGCAUGGGAGAAUAAUUUGUACAUUAUUUUGUGGGGUAGGCAUAUUUUUAAUUUUUGUUGUCUUGAUAAUAUAUAGUGUAUUCAAAAUUAUGGUUGAUGUUUAUCUUG